UUUGGAUAGUGAUGAUGAGGGAUACACGCCUACUACAUGCACCGAUUGCGCGCAUGCGUAUCAUGGCAGUUGAUGCGCAUGCGCGUGGGCAGCACAGCGACUCGAUCCUACAGUCCCCUCUCUUGUUGCUGGAUGGAAGUCACUAGACGAAAUUUUCCAAGUGCUCUUCUAGAGAUUUCCUCUUUGUUGCCGAGGAGUUGUCUAGUGUCUUUCGAUUGUGAAUUUACUGGUCUGCGAGGUAAUGAUACAAGAGAAGAAUGGGAGGAUACUCCUGAAGAAAGAUACUCCAAACUCAGAGAUGGCUGCUCAGAAUUCUGUCUGAUCCAGUACGGCAUCUGUUUGUUUGUAAAACAAGAAAACGAGUAUGAGGUGUUCCCAUUCAAUUUCUACUUGUUUCCUUGUCAUUCACUGGGACGCAGGUUGGAUAGGUGUUUUCGUUGCCAGCCUUCUAGCCUGAAAUUGCUUUCAAACUCAGGACUUGACUUCAACAAGUGGAUUAGGGAAGGUAUACCAUACAUGAGAGAGACAGACGAGUUAUGGUGGAAAAGAAGAAGAAAAGAAGCUGAAGAACCAUCAGACGAAGAACUUAAUCAGUGUUUAGGAUUCUCUCGAGUAUUUAAAAUCAUCGCUGACUCGAAUAUUCCCGUAGUUGGGCACAGUGUACUGCUGGAUCUUCUGCACACAUAUUCUCACUUCAUUGAUGAUCUUCCAAAGGAACUUGAAGCAUUUAAGAGUGAAAUAAACAGGAGACUCACUAGGUACGUGCUGGUGAUCUUUACUUUAAGGAGAUUUGAUGAGUAUGUAUUUUAGUGUAAACAUGCAUUAUUCUACUACAUUACUGCGUGUGUGUGUACACACAAACCAAGUUAAUUGUCCUAGUAUAGACAAUAGAAUGAGGAGAGACCAUAACCUAUGGCCAGAUUAACACCACAAUAUUAUGUAACUGUUUGAGGCAAAAAAACACAUACUGAACAUCUACACAGCUUUCUGCCCAUAUCUCACACUACGACAUUAUGUUAGUAAGACCCAAGGAUGCUGUUACAAAGGAUUCUCUGGUAUCGCAUUCCAUUUAAGAACUGUGAUAGUGCAUAUUAUAUGGCACAGAUGUAAAGAUUGUGUGGAGUGCUACUGAGAGAGCAUCAGACAGGCGUUUUCACUGGGGACAGUGAAAAGUACUCCAUGAGCAGAGCACAUCCCUAAAACUGAACGUUACUGGAGUAAUGUCAUACUUGGCAUCAUGCCAGUUUUUAGACCAACCCUUGCUUCAGAGUCAUUGUAGUAUGUCCAAAACGAGGUCAAAGCAAAGCAAAUAAACUACAAGUACUGUAGUAAGUAUGUACACACUG